ACAUAACCAAAAAAUUAAACUAGUACUAUCACACUAAAAAUGCAAGGUCUCAAAAUCAAGAUUCCCAAAACUGCAGAGUUAGAACAACCAACAUCAGCUGAAAUAGUUGCUUCUAUUGAUGAUCUCUUGAUUCAAAUUUUAUUACACCUACCUAUAACAUCACUUCUCUACUUCAAAACAGUAUCCAAACAUUGGCUUUCUCUCAUUACUAAUCCAAAAUUUUCUAUCCUUUGUCACCCUAAUCCAAAUCCUGCUAUAGGCCUUUUCUUGCCCUCUUAUGUUUUAAAACCCAAGUUUGAUUAUGUCCAUUUUAAUAGCCAAAAUCUCACAAAGCCACCAUUCAAGAAACUCAAAUUUACUAAGGACCCUUCUGGCAUUACUAUUCUACAAUCUUGUAACGGACUAUUACUUUGUUGCAGUAACCGAAUUCGUCAACCUAUAAAUUACUAUGUUUAUAACCCUACUACAAAACAUUACACAACACUUCCAAAAUCAUUUCUUGGAACUGAAAAUUCCAAUAUUCAUGGUUUAAGUUUAGCUUUUGACCCUAUCAAGUCUCCUCGCUAUAAAGUAAUUUGUAUCCGCAACUCAGUGUCGUCUCCUGAACAUUAUCAGAUUGAAAUUUACUCAUCUGAAACAGGUCCCUGGAGAUUAUCAGGCGGUCCAUUUAUCGCUGAUGUUAAUUUUAGUAAAGGGGUUUAUUGGAAUGGAUCAAUUCAUUGGAUUAGUACUAUUGGCAACUUGAAUUCUUUAUGUUACAAUAUUGAUCUUGAGAGUUUAGGAGUAAUACCAAUGCCACCUGUGCCCGAUAACUACGUAUCAGUAACCAUUAGCUAUUUCGGUGAAUCUUGUGAUCAUUUGCACCUUAUACAAAUUUCUAAUCCACAAAUCCAGUUUGAUGUAUAUGAGAUGAAAAGGGACUAUUCAGAAUGGUUUGUUAAGUACAAGGUUGAUCUUCAUCCUAUUGCUUCUGCUUUUCCUAUGAUGACUAAUACAUAUCUUGAUCCUUUUGAAAUUGAUUACUAUAACUUCGCGAUAUUAUCUCUGGUUCGAGGUAGACGAGAAGAGGAUGCAUUUAUGGUACUGGGAAUUCCUGGUGAUUGUAAGGCGAUAAGGUACAAUCUUGUAAGCAAGAGUUAUGAGAAGCUAUGUGAUGAUGAGGUUGGAGAUGAACAAGUUUGGUUUUUUAGUGCAGCUGGUGUUUUUGAGUAUAUUGAGUCUUUGUGUUGUGUUUGAAUCAAUUGCUAUAUUUUCUAUAUACUAUCUGAAAUAAGGUCUGUGAUGUCUUGUUUGGAGAGAACUAGGAAACAGAAGAUAUUAGUAUAAUUUUAAGCAUCUUUUCUAAGGUCGGCCUAAGGUCUCCGUUCACUCCACCCUCGCCCAGACCCCACUUUGUGAGAUUACACUGGAUUUUUAGUUGUUGUUGUUGCUGUUAUUGUUAAGUAUCUCUUCUAUGCAUGGUUUCUGUUUUCCUGCCAAGAGGGAAAUUUUUAUGCAUUUUUCCAUACACUUUGUUGAUUGGGAAGUAUGUUUUUCCUCUUCUUAAUACAAAGGAAAUCAGACAUCUAAUUUUAUGGAUGUCUAAUGAGUGGCAUUUGAUGGGAACCUUGGCGUAAAUGGUAAAGUUGCUGCCAUAUGAUCAGGAUAUUACGGGUUCGAGCCGUGAAAACAGUCUCU